AUGGAGGAGCGAAUAAACACACGAUCUCGUCAUUCAUUUUAUCUGAACUCAGAGAAGGUGGCACGUACCAAGCAGACUGCAAGAAAAUCUACUGGAGGCAAGGCCCCACGAAAACAGCUGGCUACCAAGGCAGCCCGUAAAAGCGCACCAGCCACCGGUGGCGUUAAGAAGCCUCACAGAUACAGGCCAGGAACUGUCGCUCUCCGUGAGAUCAGGAGAUACCAGAAGAGCACCGAAUUGCUCAUCAGGAAACUCCCAUUCCAGCGACUUGUCCGUGAAAUCGCUCAGGAUUUCAAGACCGAUCUGCGUUUCCAGAGCUCUGCCGUCAUGGCCCUCCAGGAAGCCAGUGAGGCCUACCUUGUCGGACUCUUUGAGGAUACUAACUUGUGUGCUAUCCACGCUAAGAGAGUAACCAUCAUGCCAAAGGACAUCCAGCUUGCCAGACGUAUCCGUGGCGAACGAGCUUAAACAUAUUCUUGUUUCAGACAAAACACAAAACGGCCGUUUUCACGGCCACCAAAAUAUUUAGAAAAGA